AUGCCGCUGGCCUCGCCCCCACGCUACGCCAAGCUGGACUUCGCUACGUAUGACGGCGUCGAAGACCCCCUCAACUGGCUCAACCAGUGCGAGCAGUUCUUCCGGGGACAGCGUACCCUUGCUUCGGACCGGACGUGGCUCGCCUCGUACCACCUCCGCGGCGCCGCCCAGACAUGGUACUACUCCCUGGAGCAGGACGAGGGUGACAUGCCCCCAUGGGACCGGUUCCGUGAGCUCUGCCUUCUCCGCUUCGGCCCCCCAAUCCGCGGCAGCCGCUUGGCGGAACUUGGGCGUUUGGCGUUCACCACCACGGUGCAGGACUUCGCCGACCGCUUCCAGGCCCUCGCAUGCCAUGCGCCCGGCGUGACGGGCCAACAGCGCGCCGAGCUCUUCAUUGGCGGCCUCCCGGACCACAUCCGUGUGGACACAGUUGACGUGGGGGAGGGCGACCCGACAACCGGGACGGUUGCCGCCGCGUCCGAGACGGCCGACCCGACCGACGCGGCUGCCACGGCCUUCGUCGUCUCUCUACACGCGCUCGCCGGCAUCCGCCACGAGCGGACGAUGCUGCUGCCGGUCACUAUCCAGGGCGAGCCUCUGGUGGCGCUGUUGGACACGGGGUCUACGCAUAACUUUCUCCCCGCCGCCACUAUGCGCCGCCUCACGCUAUAG